AAAGCUGGCGGGGGGGUGGGGGGAGGAACAUGGCGCAAGCUCUCUCUGAGGAGGAGUUUCAGCGGAUGCAGGCUCAGCUCCUGGAACUCCGGACAAACAACUACCAGCUUUCAGAUGAACUACGCAAGAAUGGUGUUGAACUUGCCAGUCUUCGACAGAAGGUCGCCUACCUGGAUAAAGAGUUCAGCAAAGCUCAGAAGGCACUGAGCAAGAGCAAGAAAGCUCAGGAAGUCGAGGUACUGCUGAGUGAAAAUGAGAUGCUGCAGGCAAAGCUGCACGGCCAGGAGGAGGACUUCCGUUUGCAAAACAGCACGCUAAUGGCGGAGUUCAGCAAGCUCUGCAGCCAGAUGGAACAGCUGGAGCAAGAGAACCAGCAACUGAAGGAGGGGGCUGCUGGAGCAGGAAUUGCCCAAGCUGGGCCCCAUGUGGAUGGGGAACUGCUGAGACUACAGGCUGAAAACACAGCAUUGCAGAAGAACGUGGCAGCCCUGCAGGAACGCUAUGGAAAAGAGGCUGGGCAGUCUCCAGCUGUCAAUGAGGGCCAAGGGGAUCCUCCAGGGAGUCUGGCCCCUGCUGUCAUGGCCCCCAUGCCAUUGGCAGAAGUGGAGCUGAAAUGGGAAAUGGAGAAAGAAGAAAAGAGAUUGCUCUGGGAGCAGCUGCAAGGCUUGGAGAGCUCAAAGCAAGCUGAAACAUCCAGGCUACAGGAGGAACUUGCUAAGCUCUCUGAAAAACUGAAAAAGAAACAAGAAAGUUUUUGCCGUCUGCAGACAGAAAAGGAGACACUAUUUAAUGACAGCAGGAACAAAAUUGAGGAGUUACAACAGCGGAAGGAAGCUGAUCUCAAAGCGCAACUGGUUCGAACCCAAAAGCUGCAGCAGGAACUUGAGGCUGCCAAUCAGAGCUUGGCAGAGCUGAGAGAUCAGCGGCAGGGGGAGCGCCUGGAGCACGCAGCAGCUUUGCGGGCCUUACAAGAUCAGAUCCAAACAGCAAAGACCCAAGAACUGAAUAUGAUCCGAGAACAGACUACUGGGCUAGCAGCUGAGUUGCAGCAGCGGCAGGCUGAGUAUGAAGACCUCAUGGGACAGAAAGAUGACCUCAACUCCCAGCUCCAGGAGUCAUUACGGGCCAAUAGUCGGCUGCUGGAACAACUUCAGGAAAUAGGGCAGGAAAAGGAGGAGUUGACCCAGGAACUACAGGAGGCUCGAAAGAGUGCUGAGAAACGGAAGGCCAUGCUGGAUGAGCUAGCAAUGGAGACACUGCAGGAGAAGUCCCAGCACAAGGAAGAAUUGGGAGCGGUCCGUCUACGGCACGAGAAGGAGGUGCUGGGGGUGCGUGCCCGCUAUGAACGUGAGCUCCGAGAACUGCAUGAAGACAAGAAGCGGCAGGAGGAGGAACUCCGUGGGCAGAUCCGGGAGGAGAAGGCCCGAACACGGGAGCUGGAGAAUCUCCAGCAAACAGUGGAAGAACUUCAAGCUCAGGUACACUCCAUGGAUGGAGCCAAGGGCUGGUUUGAACGGCGCUUGAAAGAAGCUGAGGAAUCCCUGCAGCAGCAGCAGCAGGAACAAGAGGAAACCCUCAAGCAGUGUCAGGAGCAGCACACUGCCGAGCUGAAGGGCAAGGAGGAAGAGCUGCAGACUGUGCGGGAUCAGCUCCAACAGGCCCAGGAGGAGCGGGACUGCCACCUAAAGACCAUUAGCAGCCUGAAGCAGGAGGUGAAGGACACGGUGGAUGGACAGCGGAUCCUGGAGAAGAAGGGCAGUGCUGCGCUCAAGGACCUUAAGCGGCAGCUGCACCUGGAGCGCAAACGGGCAGACAAGCUACAGGAGCGGCUGCAGGACAUCCUCACCAACAGCAAGGGCCGCUCAGGUCUUGAGGAGCUGGUUCUCUCAGAGAUGAACUCACCAAGCCGGACCCAGACAGGAGACAGCAGUAGCAUCUCCUCCUUCAGCUACCGGGAGAUCCUGCGGGAGAAGGAGAGCUCAGCUGUUCCAGCCAGGUCCUUAUCCAGCAGCCCUCAGGCCCAACCCCCUCGGCCGGCAGAGCUGUCAGAUGAGGAAGUGGCUGAGCUCUUUCAGCGGCUGGCAGAGACACAGCAGGAGAAAUGGAUGCUGGAGGAGAAGGUGAAGCACCUGGAGGUGAGCAGCGCCUCCAUGGCAGAGGACCUCUGCCGGAAGAGCGCCAUCAUUGAGACCUACGUCAUGGACAGCCGGAUCGAUGUGUCUGUGGCAGCAGGCCACACAGACCGCAGCGGGCUGGGCAGCGUCCUGAGAGACCUAGUGAAGCCAGGCGAUGAGAAUCUUCGGGAGAUGAACAAGAAGCUGCAGAACAUGCUGGAGGAGCAACUCACCAAGAAUAUGCACUUGCACAAGGACAUGGAAGUUCUGUCCCAGGAAAUUGUGCGGCUCAGCAAGGAGUGCGUGGGGUCUCCUGACCCAGACCUAGAGCCAGGACAAACAAGCUAAAGAUCUGCAGGCUGCACCCACUCCCUCCCCUUCCCACCCCCCAGGGUGCCAAUCCCUUGGGCUGUGGUGGGAAAAUGAGGACCAGAGCCAAAAUCGAAUAGGUUGGGAGACUGGACAUUAAAGGAGCUGGAGGCUUGAUGGCUGCUGUUAAUGAUCCUGUCUUAAGGCAGAGGCCACUGGGGAGUGGGGAUCCUGAGGAAAGGGGCAGGGAUUUCUUCUUCUUGACCCUGGCUCUCGAGGGCUUCUGCCUUCCUCUCUGCAUGAGCUCUCCCUCCCAGAGACCAACUCUUUUUUAUUUUAUUUUAUUUUUUAAUUUAUGUCUGGAGCCUGGCUACUCUGCAUUUGGGAUCGGGGAUGUUGGGUGGGGGUGUGGUCCAUGUUCAGCGUUCUAGCAACGUGUGUGUGUGUGUGUGUGUGUGUGUGUGUGUGUGUGUGUGUGUGUAUGUGUAUGUAAAGGCUGUGCAGCCAAAAUACCAUCUGGCCAGAUGGGCCCACCCAC